AGAGCUCCCCAAAUCCACAGAGGUAAUCGACGACGGCAUAACUGCUCCGGUGAACGUCGAACCCGAGGAAGAACUCCAACUGUGCAUAACAAAUGCACCUGGGGAGCCAAUUCGACUAAAGGAGGAGCGAGUGCUCGCUCAAAUCGGUGAAAGAGGCGAGCAGCAAGAGCACCGGCGAUGGGUCCUCGACACGGGGGCAACAAACCAUAUGACCGGGGCCAAGUCUGCGUUCUCCGAGCUUGACUCGGGGAUUCGCGGGACGGUGAAAUUCGGCGAUGGCUCCGUCGUCGAAAUCGAAGGGCACGGCACCAUCCUAUUCGUCGGCAAGGGAGGCAAUCAUCACAAGCUGACCGGCGUCUACUUCAUCCCGAGACUCAAGGCUAAUAUUGUGAGCCUGGGUCAACUCGAUAAGGCCGGCUGCCACAUUUCCAUCAAACGCGGGCUACUUAGGAUCCGCGAUGAUCGACGACGGUUGCUCACGCAAGUUCGGUGCACGACAAACUGCCUUUACAUCCUAAAGCUAGAGAUAGAGCAACCAGUCAACUUCUCGGCCAGGUACCGGAAGAUGGAAGACCUAUUAGGAAGAGGUGAACCACCUGGACUGGCGGCGCGCCAACUCGAAGAAGAGGCGGCCGAACAAGACGUGGAGUCUGGAGGACAUGCCGCCAGGGACACCGAGCCAUAGGGCUCAAAAC